CAAUAAUUCAUCAAAGAGAGGAAUAAGGAAGAAUUCCAAGACUCAUACCCAACACAAGUUGAAAGACAAUGAUUACAAUUCGAAGGAUAGGCUAGUGUGGUCCUACCCUCUCCCACCCCCCACCAUUUUAUCCAUAAAUCCCGCGGUUUCUGUGGAGUUGUAUCUUUAUCUUUGUUUUCCUCCCCGUGGUCUUUUUAUUUCCCCGUGAAAACAGUUUUUCGAAGGGUGUGGACUCGGUGGUAACCGCCCCAAACUCCAACCCUCGGACCAAUCCCCAGAUUCGCGCAAUCUCCGAGCAACCCUCGGUUAUCAUGAGGGGUUGUGUGAGGUGACUCCGUGGCGCAGAUUCACUCAGUCAGUCUUCAUCCCUCGGCACCGGUACAAGUCACCACCGGAAGGGUGCAAGUGUCAUUGAAACUAGUUGAAGAUUUGUUUUUAAUUUUCGUGAGGCAUUCGAUAAAAUCUUGAAUGGAGAAUAUCAAUUCGAAUGAAUAAGUAGAGAGGAUUGAAUUUUUUUUCGAGUGUGAGUUUACAUUAUUGGACAUGGCUGGGCCUUAUCUGUCGCCCCUUGGGCCUCAGGCCGAUCUUCUCACCGAGUAUAUGUUCGGCCGACGGCGUCAGGUCAGUAGACGCAAUCGAACGACCUUCACACCCCAGCAACUCCAGGAGCUCGAGUCACUCUUCCAGAAGACCCACUACCCGGAUGUAUUCCUACGCGAAGAAGUAGCCCUCCGAAUCUCCUUAUCAGAGGCUCGAGUUCAGGUGUGGUUCCAGAAUCGACGGGCAAAGUGGCGUAAGCAGGCGCGUCUCCAGUUGCUCCAGGACGCCUGGAGGAUGCGUUGCCUCGGGCUCGGUAGUGCCGCACCACUUCUGCUCAGGCCUCCCCCUGGUACUGGGAUAGAACGCUCAGACUCUUCGCCACCACCCCCGCCCUCAGCGGGACUUUCACCAACGCAAAUGUCAGGUGCUCCUGAUAAACUUCCAGAUCAUCCGAGUCAUCCUGUCUGCAGAGAUUAUCGAAUUUUACCUCCACAAGGAUAUUCAAUGACUUGUGAAAAAUCGCCAGAACAUGGCAAAUGCAGUUGUGGCUCGCCGCCACGAAGUACAUCAACACCAUCAAGUGUAGAAGUGGAUUUAGCGCCUCGUGAUAGACCCCAAGAAGCAGAAAUGGACCUGACUAUCAAGACUCCACUUCCCACACGUCACCCGCAAAUUCCCCCGCUCUUCCACCACAUUCCGAGUGAAUCCCGACAUGACCUGAGCCCUGUACCGCGGUCCAUGGACGAGCCAUUAGAUGUUACUCUAAACGGCAACAGAAAUAAUAACUAGAGAACGUGAAAUCACCUCUUUAUGUUCGACGCCUAGAGUAUUUCCAGUGAUUGCUACUCUCAUGUCUGACUACUCUCCGAAUAAUUUUCCUUGAAUUCAACGCUCAUGUAAAUAAAUCGCUAUCAGCAUACCUUUGAAACCAUUCGUAAAUGCAAGCGACUGGCUAGUUGAUAACUGUAAUGGACGCGUAGUUUAUUUUAGCGAUGGGAGACUGGAAGAAAUUCAGCAAUAAUGAUGUGCCAUUACUUUUUUUAAGAAUCCAUUGAUGAUGCGUGGAGAGGCGGAUCUUAUUAAAAUUAGCUCUAAGCUUUAACAAUCGUGUAAUGUAUUGGCUUCUCAGUGUUUGUGGAAUCAAAAACAAUUAACAAGCCAUUUCCCUAAAAUUUUAAAUUCUAAUUUUACCGGUCAAUUUCACCGUUGGAAAUUCAUAAUUUGAGGGAAAAAUAAAUUUGAUCAGACGUGGAUGAAAUGCCCGUUUUUGCGGAUUCAUCAAUAUACUGUUAACACAUUAUGGCAUCAGCACUUGCGAUUCGUGUUAUUUACUGCACGGAGUCAUGUAAAUUUUUUUACUGCUUUAAUGAAGCAAAAAGGAAUCAUAAUUAUUGAGAAGUCGAUACGGUUCAGAAUUAGCAAAAUUAAGCCACAAUGUAGGAUAUGUUUGUCUCCGUGCAUCACAAUUCGCGUAACAAUGCUACGAUUCCAAAACAUUCGAGUACUAUUGUAAAACGAGAGACCACAAACAACGGACUAUACCUUCAAUUUUAAUUUCGCUGUUUUUCUCCGUACCAAUGUUUUAUGUAAGUUCGACAAUCGGGUUAAGUGGAUAAUUUGGAGUUAUUAUAAAAUAAUAAUGACCAUGAAUAAAAGAAGUUAUUCAUCAAUUUGAUC